AUGGCGGGUCGAAUGACCUUGUACAAACUGGUGGUCCUAGGGGACGGAGGCGUGGGCAAGACAGCUUUGACCAUCCAGCUAUGUCUGAACCAUUUUGUUGAGACUUAUGACCCGACCAUUGAGGACUCCUAUCGAAAGCAAGUCUCUAUCGACCAGCAGUCCUGCAUGCUCGAAGUCCUUGAUACGGCCGGACAAGAAGAAUACACAGCGUUGCGAGAUCAAUGGAUAAGAGAUGGUGAAGGAUUCAUACUAGUCUACUCGAUUACAUCAAGGAAUUCGUUCACUCGGAUACAGAAGUUUCACAACCAAGUUCAGCGAGUCAAAGAGUCGGGCAAUCCAAACUCGCCAACAGGGACAUCGUAUCUCCCUGCUCAGAUGAAUUCGGCUCCUACAUAUUCUGGUCCUGUGCCUGUCAUGUUGGUCGGUAACAAGAGCGACAAACACCACGAAAGAGAAGUCUCCUCGCAGGAAGGCCAGGCCUUAGCCCGUGAAUUGGGCUGCGAGUUCGUCGAGGCCUCGGCAAAGAACUGUAUCAAUGUCGAAAAGGCUUUCUUUGAUGUUGUCAGGCAACUACGGAGACAGCGCCAGUCACCCUCCGCGGCGAAGCAAAUGGGGCCCGCUAAGAUGGCGCCAGGGUCUGGUAUGAACCAUCAGUCGACAGGAACUGGAUUUUACGAUGCGAACAAGCCGCCGAGGAUAUACCGCGACAAGAAGGACCGUCGAAAAUGUACAAUCUUGUGA